UUUCACUGUUGCCGAACCACUCUAUUGAGCCGAUCAACUAAAAACCCUGUUUUUUCCCUCCUUAUCUCUCUCUUCGACUCAGUAACUCGCUUAUCAAAACCGCGUCCCCUGUUAACGCUCUGUUCGGUGAUAUGGCGGUGAAUUCUUUUUUCGCUUUUGAAGCGGUAGAAUCGGAAUCUGAAACCAUAAAUUAAUGAAUCGGGCAGACUUAACAGUCGGACCGGCUAUGGAUAUGCCGAUCAUCCACGACAGUGACCGUUACGAUUUCGUAAGAGAUAUAGGGUCUGGUAAUUUUGGAGUAGCACGGCUUAUGAGAGAUAAGGUUACCAGGGAGCUCGUUGCUGUCAAGUAUAUCGAGAGAGGCGAGAAGAUAGAUGAACAUGUUCGGAGAGAAAUUAUUAAUCAUAGGUCAUUGAGGCAUCCCAAUAUUGUUAGAUUUAAAGAGGUUAUCUUAACUCCUACUCAUCUUGCCAUUGCAAUGGAAUACGCAUCCGGAGGAGAGCUUUUCGAGCGAAUUUGUGCUGCUGGUCGGUUCAAUGAGGAUGAGGCUCGUUUCUUCUUUCAACAACUUAUAUCUGGUGUUAGUUAUUGCCAUGCAAUGCAAGUAUGCCACCGUGAUUUGAAGCUGGAAAAUACUUUGUUGGAUGGCAGUCCUGCUCCUCGGCUUAAGAUAUGCGAUUUUGGGUACUCCAAGUCUACAGUUCUCCAUUCGCAACCGAAAUCUACUGUUGGAACUCCUGCAUACAUUGCUCCUGAGGUACUCUUAAAGCCAGAGUCUCAAUAUGAUGGCAAGACUGCCGAUGUAUGGUCAUGCGGGGUUACGUUGUUUGUAAUGCUGGUUGGGGCAUAUCCUUUUGAGGACCCGGAUGAGCCAAAAGACAUUCGGAGGACAAUACAAAGAAUUAUCAAUGUCCGGUAUUCCAUUCCUGAUUUUGUCCAAAUAUCUCCCGAGUGCCAACAUCUGAUUUCGAGGAUUUUUGUUACAGACCCUACGGCCAGAAUUACAAUUCCAGAAAUUAAAAAUCAUGAGUGGUUCUUGAGAAAUCUCCCUGCCGACUUGAUGGAUGAAACCACAAUGGGUAAUCACUUUGAGGAGCCUGAUCAACCUAUGCAGAAUAUUGAUACUGUCAUGCAGAUAAUGGCUGAGGCCACCAUUCCAGCUGCAGGAGCCCAGGGCUUAAACCAUUUAAUGAUAGACAGCCUCGAUGACGAAUUCAUGGACGAUUUUGAUUCUGAAUCUGAGCUUGAUGUUUAUAGCAGUGGAGAAAUCGUCUAUGCAAUGUAAUACGAAGAAGACAACUUUGCAACGUGCAGUUGUUUCAAGCAUGUCAAAGUGUGAAGAAAUAGCUGCAAAGAGCGGUGAGAUGCAAUACUGGUCUCAUUGCCUAUUGUGUCCAUUAUGUUCAUAGCAAGAAGCUUUAUACAAAUCUGUGGAACAAUUUAUAUGUAAUACAACUUAACAAGGGAGGAUCACAUGGAAAAAAAGA